ACCAGGCCUGCCAGCGCAUCCUAUCCUGGGACACUCUGAUACUUCUGAUCUUCUUCUUUAAAACCCCGACCACCCAGCGUCACUCCCAUUACCCGCGUCACAGUCAAGAGACAAUCACUGGCCCCCGCGCAAUGGAGCGUCAACUCCUUUAUCCCACUAACCUGCGCGUCUCGACCUCAACCUCCUUAACCGGCGCCACAUAUUGGACGACGUUCUACUCUGAACACACCCACAAACCAAACCCAACAAUCCGCUGCCUCCGUUUAUCGAAACGGAGCUCCGACCCGUCUCUGACGAAGGAGCAGAAGAAUCUGUCUCAACUCCUCCGAACGGACGCCGCCGUGAGAAACAUUGAGAGGAAAGCCAACUCCAAGAAGUACAACAACCUUUGGCCCAAGGCCGUUUUGGAGGCUCUGGACGAGGCUAUUGCAGCCAAUCUCUGGGAAACUGCUCUCAAGAUUUUUGGUCUACUUCGUAAGCAGCACUGGUAUGAGCCGAGAUGCCAAACGUACACCAAGCUGCUGAUGAUGCUUGGCAAGUGCAGGCAACCUGAGCAGGCCAGCUUGCUUUUUGAGCUCAUGUUGAGUGAUGGGCUCAAACCUACUGUUGAUGUCUACACAGCUCUUGUUAGUGUUUAUGGCAAAAGUGGCCUCCUUGACAAGGCAUUCUCUACCGUUGAUGAUAUGAAGUCAGUUUCUGACUGCAAACCAGACGUAUAUACAUAUUCUAUUCUUAUUAAUUCCUGCACCAAGUUCAAUCGUCCUGACCUGAUUGAACGCGUUCUUGCUGAGAUGUCGUACCUGGGGAUUGGAUGCAACACAGUCAUAUACAAUACCCUAAUUGAUGGAUAUGGUAAGGCUGAAAUGUUUGAACUGAUGGAGGAAACGUUGACAAAUAUGAUUGAAAGUGGCAGCUGCCUUCCUGAUGUUUUCACUUUCAAUUCUUUUCUCAGUGCUUAUGGGAAUUGUGGGCAGAUAGAGAGGAUGGAGAAGUGGUAUGAUGAAUUUCAGCUGAUGGGAAUAAGGCCAGACCCUAAGACAUUCAAUAUCCUGAUUAAAUCAUACGGGAAGGCAAGAAUGUACGAAAAGAUGAGAUCUGUUAUGGAAUUUAUGAAGAAAAGGUUUUUCACCCCAACUAUUGUUACUUAUAAUAUUGUAAUUGAGGUAUUCGGUAAAGCUGGAAAUAUUGAGAAGAUGGACGAAUACUUCCGAAGAAUGAAGCAUCAAGGAAUGAAGCCCAACUCUAUCACCUAUUGUUCUCUUGUUAGUGCGUAUAGCAAAGCUGGGAGUAUAAGUAAAGUUGAUUCCAUUUUGAGGCAAGUAGAGAAUUCGGAUGUCAUGUUAGAUACACCUUUUUUCAACUGUAUUAUUAGUGCUUAUUGUCGCACUGGUGACCUAAGAAAGGUAAGCGAACUGUUUUUAGCAAUGAAAGAGAAAAAAUGUGUGCCUGAUCAUAUCACAUUUGCUACCAUGAUCCAAGCCUACAAUGAACGAGGCAUGAAUGAGGCUGCUCAAGACUUGAAAAAUAGGAUGAUUACCACCAAGGAAAAUUCAGAAUGGGAGGUGAGAGUAUAGACUUUGGUUUCUUCGUUCGCCUACCACUCUCAACGCUUUGGUACAAACUGUUUUUGGAAGCUCUAAUGUGAUGUGGGAAAAGAGGACAAGGAACGUGGAAGAGUUGUGUAAUGACUAUUGUAUGAGUAAUACGAAUGUUACAAAACAAAAGGGUUAUGAAAACUGUAUAGGGGUGGGGAAGUGGAGGGAUUAUGCGAUAGAGUUCGCUUUGGGGCAUCGUUGUGGGCUUAAUUAUCAUCAGAAAUGUACAAUAUUUUCUUAUACACGUUGAUUAGUUGUUUUGCAUUUUUAGUUGACAUUCUUUUGGACAGUGUUUUGAAAUUCAUAGUUGUUAGGUGGUUGUAUGUGAAUAGAAAAUGGGAAUGUGGCAUGUCGUUCCGAGGGGAUGAGCUAAAAAAGAUAGCUCAAAGCUACAAAGCAGAACUAACUUGCCAAUGGCAUACAAAAAGCUGUUAAGAGAGAAGCCCACGGAAGGGUUAAAGCGUUCAAGAUGCAUGACCUUGUACUCGAACUUGCCCUUUCAAUUUGGAAAGCUGAGAAAUUGUGUUAAAAACACAAUGGGGAAGAAGCAGUUAAACAAUAUGCUUCUACCAUGGCUGCUCCUUUUUCAUCAAAUCAUUAUAUGUUUGUGCCUCAUGUUUCAAAAGAUCAUCGAUCAUCGAAUCGUGUUACUAAUGGAUCUUAAAUGUUAAUAAAGCUUUCCCAAUUGUGAAUUGCCAAA